AUGGCCGGCGCCUCGGCGUCCACGACGGCGCAGUACGCGGGCAUAGGCGUCUUCGUCGCCAUCGUCCUCUACGUCCUCCUCGACCUCACCCGCCGCUCUUUCAACUCGGUCUCCCUGACGCGCCGACACGGCGCCAACGCCGAUGCUGUCGUCGCGGCAGUCACAGGGUCCGCGCGGCCGCGGCCGGUGCAGACGCUCGGUCUCCACCCCGACGACGUCGCCGUGCUGCCGACGUUCACGUACCGCGCGGCGUCGCCGCCGGACAGCCGUGUCAAUAACGCGAAGGGCGCCGCCGUGGCCGUGGCGGCGGCGGCGGACUGCUGCUCGGUCUGCCUCGACGAGCUCCGCGAGGGCGCGCUGGUGCGCAUGCUGCCGUCGUGCAAGCACUACUUCCACGCGGAGUGCGUCGACGUGUGGCUGCUGUCGCGCGCUACGUGCCCGGUGUGCCGGGGGAGCCCCGGCCCGGAGAAAGUCCGCCUCGGCGUGGCGUCGCUGUCGCCGCCGCUCCCGCAGCUGCGCCGGUUCGGGGCGGCGUCGGUGUCGGUGUCGCCCGAAGGAGGCGAGACGUCGGGAGCCAAGCAAACCGUCUCUUCCAGUUCCAGGUCGCCGUCUCCGGUGAGGUCCCCCAUGCAUUUUGAACUUAUGGUUGCCAAUUUGGCUAUGUCACCAUCGCCGACUCGGUCGAGAACGCCGGACAGCCGAAUGUGCAGGACAAGAGCACCUUCUCCGGCAACGUUGGAGUCGCACGACGCUGGAGUUUAG